CUGCCACCAAGAAUGCAUCACCCAAACUCUGCUGAAUGCUUCCCAGCUUCCAACCAGGGAGCCAGCGUGGUGCCUACAGUCUCAUCUGUUUUAUCUUUGACCCAAGCACUGUCAUCACCUAAAUGCUCCUUUAUGCACCUCUCCUCGGGAGCUCUGGCCAAUGUGUCUGCCGGACUUCACUAUUCCAUGUCGUCUUGUCAUUAUGGGACCCAGCAACCUCCAUACGGGGUGAUGACGGGUGGCCUUGGUCCGUGCCUGUACAAACUGCCCGAUCACACACUGAGCACUGCUUCGUGUGCCCUGGGGCACGGCUUUGCCCCCGUGCAUCAGUCAGUGCUCGGCGAGGAGCCCAUUCUCAUUGACUUCAAACAGGAGUUCCGCAAAAAGAACAAGAUCACCGAUGAACCGGCCGAGGUGGAUUCUCCGGAAAUUAAGGAGCUGGAAACUUUCGCAAACCAGUUUAAACUGAGAAGAAUAAAGCUAGGUUACACUCAGACAAAUGUUGGGGAAGCUUUGGCUGCAGUUCACGGCUCUGAAUUUAGUCAAACAACGAUCUGUCGUUUUGAAAAUUUACAGCUCAGUUUUAAAAACGCUUGUAACCUAAAAUCGAUCCUCUCAAAGUGGUUGGAUGAAGCAGAACAAGCAGGAGCAUUAAACAAUGAAAAAAUUGGAACAAAUGAAAGAAAAAGAAAACGAAGAACUACGAUUAGCCUCCUUGCCAAAGAAGCUCUGGAGACGCACUUUGGACAACAAACCAAGCCCUCCUCGCAGGAGAUCACGCAGAUGGCCGAGGGGCUCAAGCUGGAGAAGGAAGUGGUGAGAGUCUGGUUCUGUAACCGCCGACAGAGGGAGAAACGCGUGAAGACCAGCCUGCACCACAGUUCCUUUCACUUUCCCUUCAAAGAACACCUGGACUGCAGAUAGUUUCAUUUCUAACCAGAGGGUUCAGAAAACCCACCGCGAUGCCAAAAGACAUUUAGGAAGGAAAUUGAGAAUAACUAAAGGUAG